AUGGUGUACUAUAUACGCUUCCUAAAGCCCCCCAAGGUGCAGGAUGGCAAAAACGGACUCGUCUCGGUCUCAACGCUGAUCUCCAUCACAACAGAUCUGGGCGAUGCAUUUUUGGCCGAAGAUGUGUCACUACAUGCACAAUUACUCGCCCUUGAUACAAACACUGUUAUCCAAGGGAAGGCUGUCUCGUGGCAGGCGGGGAAACGAGAGCUACUGGUUUCAAUUGGACCUGUUAGACUUAGUUUGACAAAGCAGUCGAUCAUCUUAGCGAUUGGGGAAAAGACUGUUUGCGUUGACGAGCUGGGUGAUUGCACCACUACACCACUGGUUAUAUCAGGAUGCAGCGCGGCUUUCGGCGGACCUCAAGGCACUACUGCUGCGAAGCUCGUUGAGAGACGAUUUGCCUUGCGGAGUGACAGCCAGCUUCGGAUCUGGGAAGAGACCGGCAACAAUAUUGCGCGGCAUAUAUGGGAUGCUGCACUUGCCGCUGUUAUAUGCUUGCGAAAUACAAUCAACAACGAGGCCGCCGGAAUGCAGCAACUCCAGAAUCGCAUAAAAAACGGAGGAAAGAAAGCUGUCCGCGCUGUAGAAUUGGGUGCAGGCUGUGGGAUUUUCGGCAUUGCCCUCGCCCAGAUGCUCCCUCGAUGCGCCGUCACACUCACAGAUCUCCCAGAAGUGGACGAGAUCGUGUCUCGCAACAUACAGGCUGCGCGCCUGGCACCGGGAUCAGCACUUGAUUUCCAAGUGCUCGAUUGGGACGAGAAGCCGAGCGACGAUGUUUUCGGAGAGGCAGUGGACCUGGUCCUCGUAUCAGACUGCACGUACAACGCCGACAGUCUCCCCGCGCUGGUCCGAGUCCUGGGAUACCUGACCAACGUUUCGCCUCAUGCUCUCGUGUUGGUCUCUUUAAAGCGACGCCACGAAAGCGAGGCGGUCUUCUUCGAGCUCAUGCAGGAAGCGUCGUUUGCCAUCCUGGAGCAAACAGGCGUGUCUCUCCCGGCGCCGUACUCGGAAACGGACAGCAUUGAGAUGUAUGCGUUUGGACGGACGUGA